GCUUACGAUUUGAGUGGAGUGCAAGCCGACAGCUGAGCGAACGCGAUUCAGUUCUAGUAAGACCAGCGCACGGAUUAGGCUAUUACAAAGCCCUCGCCCUUACAUUGCUCUCGCUCUCGCUCAAGAUGAUCAAGAUGAGUCUAAUGCCAAUUCUAAUGCUGAUGCUAAUGCCAAUGGCGAUCCCCAUUGGCGCCAUCGAACAAUCGAACGAUCUCGCUGAUCGAUUUCCGUUGUCCAUUAUACACAUUAACGAUUUACAUGCCAGAUACGAGCCAACGGACAUCGGCGGCGGCGCCUGUAAUGAGGAUGAGCAAUGCAUCGGUGGCUACGCGCGCACCGUUCACAUGGUGAGGCGUCUGCUCGAGGAGCAGAAGGACUACAAUCCCAUCUACAUCAAUGCGGGCGACAGUUUCCAGGGCACGCUCUGGUACAACAUCGGACGCUGGAAUGUGACCCAGGAGAUGCUCAAUAUACUGCCAGCCGAUGCGAUGACCCUGGGCAACCAUGAGUUCGACCAUGGCGUUUCAGGCGUGGUGCCCUUCCUGAAGACCGUGCAGACGAACAUGCUGGUGGCGAACAUGGACUGCGCCCAUGAGCCCACCAUGGAAGGCCUCUACGAGAAAACGAAAAUCUUGGAGCGCGGUGGCCGCAAGAUCGGUCUGAUUGGCGUCAUCCUAGAGACCACCUAUGACCUGGCCAACACUGGCAAUCUGAUCUUCCGCAACGAGAGCGAUACGAUCCGCGAGGAGGCGCGCUUCCUGUCGGAACAGGGCGCCAACAUCAUCAUCGUGAUCUCGCACUGUGGCUACGACGUGGACAAGGUGAUUGCCGAGCAGGCGGGCGAUGUUAUCGAUGUCAUUGUGGGCGCCCAUUCGCACACGUUCCUCUACACGGGCGUGCCGCCUGGACCGGACACUCCGCGGGGCAACUAUCCCACCGAGGUGACUCACAGCAAUGGCCAUCGUGUGCUCAUCGUUCAGGCGGGCGCCUAUGCCAAAUAUGUUGGCAAUCUAACGGUGUAUUUCGACAGCAAAGGCGAUGUUAUCGACUUCGAGGGUGCACCCAUCUAUAUGAGCCACGAUGUGCCGCAGGAUGAAGCCGUUCUUGUAGCUCUGGAGCCUUGGCAGGCACAACUGGAGGAGGCAUCCAAUCGUAUUGUGGGCAACAGUCGCGUCUAUUUGCAGCAAGUGGAAUGCGCACGAGGCGAAUGCAACCUGGGCAAUCUCUAUACAGAUGCCAUGUUGCAUGCUUUUAUUAAGAAGGCAUCCGCUGAAGCGUCCAACUGGAGCAACGUGACCAUCGCGCUGACCAGCCAAGGCAACUUUCGUGUGCCUCUGCCAGCGGGCAACAUUACUUAUAAGCAGCUGGUGGCCAUGUGCCCGUGGGAGAAUCAUUUGUAUGCGCUGAAUUUACGCGGAGAUCGUUUGUUGCAGCUGAUGGAGGAUAGCGUGGCACCAAUGAAUGCCAGCCUAAAAUUUCCCACAUCCAAACGUUUUCUUCAAGUCUCCGGAUUGAGAAUCAUUUAUAAUCUAAAAGCUGAGCCCGGCAAACGGGUGCGCCAAAUACUCGUGCGCUGCUCCAAUUGUCCAGUGCCUGAAUACCAGCCCUUGGAACAGAGUCAGCAUUAUCGGCUAGUAGUCAUGGAGUAUCUGGCCAAUGGCAAAAAUGGUUUCUCUUUGAUCAGCGACCAUGCCCAAGACCUUGAAAUGGGUCCCUUUGAUUUAGACGCUUUAAUGGAUUAUAUGACUGUAAUUGGGCCUAUAACUGCCGGGCUAGAGCAGCGAAUACAAUUUGUAAAUGAUUGAAAAUAGUGCUUUUUCAAAUAAACGUUGCCGGAA